AUGGGAGAUCAAGGGCAUUUCCAAGGAUCACCUUACAACACCGCGCAUCAACCGCUGCAACAGCUGCCGUCAAGUGGCUCGAUCGGUUCACAGCACAGCUUUCACGGAGAAGAAUCGCCUCAAGUUUAUCAAAACCUGCAACCGGUCACCCCCAAUUAUCAAGGGUAUUUCCAAGGAUCGCCUUUCAACACCCCGCAUCAACCGCGGCAACGGCUGUCGUCAAGUAGCUCGAUCGGUUCACAGCACAGUUUUCACGGAGAGGAAUCGCCUCAAUAUUAUCAAAACCUGCAACCGGUCACCCCCAAUUAUCAAAUGCCAUUACAAAACGAGAUGAACAAUAUGCAGCUCUCGCACGCGCACUCACAGUCAAGUCUCAGUGGAAGUGACUCUUUCGAUGUUUCUACAGCUUUCGACAAAAUGCCCGAAUUUGGAUACACUCAACCACAGAAUCCUCUCACUGGAGAUCAAAACGUGAUGUGGCAUCAACAAAACCAUCCAAACUUUCAACCGAACUACUACACCACAGACUACGGAGUCACUCAACCACAAACGCAACAAAUGAACCCAAAUUAUCAAAAUGAAGGCUACUAUGAAGAUGACCGAUUUGAAUCGACUCUCACUCAUGCUAGCGCCAACAACCCACAAGCUGUAACCACUCACCCACAACAGACUCCAAUGAUGGUCCAUUCGAAUCCUGCGAGUCAGGAGCCACAACCUGGAUAUUACUAUCAAGCUCCUCACUCCAAUAUCAGUGCUGACGAUUACAGUAACCAAGGAGCCGGAUACGAGAGUGACACGAGUCAACACAGUAUUCGGCGUGAAAGAACGAGUCGCUCUGCGAAUCGGCCAUACGAUCGGCCGGCGUCACGCAGCACCAGCCGAAACAGCAAUCACAGUCAAAGUAGCUUAAAUCAGAGUCAACCUGCGGGUAGAGGUCGCCCUGCUAUCUACAAAAUCGAUUUUAACGACCUCACCGAAUCACAAAAGAAGACUAAAAAAAAGAUCGAGGAUAGCGAAGCUUACCGGAAUAAAGCUACCGAAGAGGAGAAAUACGCCUAUCUCUUGGAGCGGCUACAAAACAAUGAAGCUGUGCGAAUCAGUCGCUUAAAUAAGAAUAAGAUGUCCAGAGAUGUUCUGGAUUUUGGUGAAGAACUUUAUCAUGCUGCUCAGCACGUGCGGCUAAAAGUUCCUGGAGUUGAAAACGAAAUUGAAAGUUUACUGGAAAGGAUUACACGUUGGGAAACUGAUAAUAAGACCGAUUUUGUUAAAAAGGUCAAAGAUCUUAAGCCGAAACCCAAUGAAGACAACGAUUCG